GCCAUGACGUUUGUCCCUCCACUAUGACAACACCUCUGCCACUUUACAUACCAAAUAUCGAAAAACAAGAAACCCCUUACAACUUUGAUCACUUGCUCCAACUCUGCUGUGUUCUCUUUAAUUUUACUAUUCUGAGUUUUAAGGUUUGGUUCGAGACACAGAUGGGACCUCGUCCGGGGAGCUACCCAAUGGCAUCUCAAGUUAACCACAAAGUAGAGACAUUUGAUUCACAUUUUCCAUGGACUCAUCAAGAUAAUCGUUUCCCUGCAACAAAAGAUGGUUCCAAAUCAAAACCUUAUGCUGCUGUUCCCAUUCGUUCUGUUGCCCCUACAGGUGAACAACACAUGAAUGUCAAGGUCAAGGCCAAACGGCAGAAGGUUAAGAAAAACAAGAUGUCUGCAAAGGAAUUGCGUGAAAUUGCAUCGAAACUUUUUAAAGUGGAACAGCCUGAAAAUAAGCCUUCUGCCUCUAAAAGAACCAAAGGAGAAUCUAGAUGUGGAGAGGCCACGGUAACAAAGAAUCCAAAUUCAGUUAUUGCUGAUUUUUGUGGCGUGCCACCACCAUUUUGUUCCUGUACAGGUGUUGCUAGAAGGUGCUACAAAUGUGGAGUUUAUGGUUGGCAAUCAUCAUGUUGUACCACCACCUUAUCUGAGUAUCCCCUCCCAAUGAAUCCCUCAAAGCCUGGGAAUCGUCUCGGUGGGAGGAAAAUGACUAAUGGAGCAUACACUAAACUUCUUCUUAGACUUGCUGCUCAAGGGCGUGAUCUUUCUAAUCCAGUUGACCUGAAGAACCAUUGGGCUAAACAUGGUAGUAACAAGUUUAUUACUAUAAAGUAAACAUGAGUAGAGUUGACUGAAACGUAUGCAUCAACCUGUAUAUAUAGUUUUGCUCUCCUACUGUUGUUUCCUCCGUAGGUACCUUGAAUAGUAGGUUGUUAAUAUGUUUAAUUUAAUGCUGGUGAAUUCUAGUAAUAUCAUCAUGCUUCUCGAUAUUAGUCUUUGUGAUGCUUUAUCCUUUCUACCAAAAGUAUGGCAUUUUGAAACUCACGAUAUGUUCUGUUUAUUCUCAACGUUUAGCAUGAAAUGUUCUGUUUAUGUCUCAGCAGUGACAGUGAAAUUUCCUGAUUUUUGGUGGUUUCGAUCUUAAUUAUUGUCCAGUAGCUUACCUCCGAGUAGAUAGUGCAGAAACUGCUUGGCUUGAAAUUAUGGCCUUGUUUUCAAUAUUUCAUGUGUUUCCAAAACCAAAUGAUGAUCAAGUGAAAAACAUCAGCCCAAAAGGUUGAUAGCUUGCCUUGAUUUGUUUCACUUAAUUACUCCUUCUUAUUAUCCAUGUUACAACUCUCAACACAUUUCCAGCUAGAUAUAAAUACAUAAUCAAGUGUAUCUUCUCAUUUAUGGGGAAUUAUCUACCAUGAAACUGAAACAUGAAAGUGGG